UUGUGACUCAUUUGUCAGCUAGCAUCCAUAUUUCAAUCAACCACCAGCUCUCGCUGGUCCCAUCUGAUAAAAUAACUAGCUUCCAGUUACUAGGGAAAACUAGUGAGAACAUUCAUCCAUGGCUCCUUCAACUCCAAGGCUAGUGCUGUCCGUAGACCUAAAGAAGAAGCCAAGGGAACAGGUGCCACCACUCCACAACCGUUGGCAUCCAGAGAUACCACCAGUGGCAGAGGUUGAAACUGGUCAGUUAUUCAGGGUAGAGAUGAUUGACUGGACAGGAGGGGCAGUUCGAGAUAAUAACUGUGCAAUUGAUGUGAAAACCUUAAACCUCUCAACUGUGCACUAUCUCAGUGGGCCUAUCAGAAUUGUAGACACUGAUGGAAUCCCAGCAAAGCCAGGUGACCUUCUUGCUGUUGAAAUUUGCAAUUUGGGGCCUCUCCCUGGGGAUGAAUGGGGUUAUACAGCAAUAUUUGACCGAGAGAACGGUGGUGGAUUUCUAACUGAUCACUUUCCUUGUGCGGCCAAGGCUAUUUGGUACUUUGAAGGCAUAUAUGCAUACUCACCUCAUAUUCCAGGUGUGAGGUUUCCUGGUUUAACCCACCCUGGGAUAAUAGGAACAGCACCUUCAAAAGAAUUGCUUCAGAUAUGGAAUGACAGGGAAAGAGAGCUUGAAGAAACUGGUCCUCAAGCACUGAAAUUAUGCGAGGUUUUGCAUUCAAGACCUCUAGCAAACCUACCGUCAACUAAAGGGUGUGUUCUUGGCAAGAUUCAAGACGGAACCCCUGAGUGGGAAAGAAUUGCUUUGGAGGCUGCUAGGACCAUCCCUGGAAGAGAAAAUGGAGGAAACUGUGAUAUCAAAAAUCUCAGUAGAGGUUCAAAAAUCUACCUUCCCGUGUUCAUAGAAGGUGCAAAUCUUAGUACUGGAGACAUGCACUUUUCUCAGGGUGAUGGAGAGGUUGCCUUCUGCGGGGCAAUAGAGAUGAGUGGUUUUCUAGAGCUCAAAUGUGAAAUAAUAAGAAAUGGUAUGAAAGAAUACCUCACUCCAAUGGGUCCUACUCCCCUGCAUGUCAACCCAAUAUUUGAGAUAGGACCAGUUGAGCCAAGGUUCUCAGAGUGGUUGGUGUUUGAAGGCAUCAGUGUUGAUGAGAGUGGGCGGCAACACUAUCUUGAUGCCACUGUUGCUUACAAGCGUGCAGUGCUCAACGCAAUUGAUUACCUGUCAAAAUUUGGCUACUCUAAGGAGCAGGUAUAUCUCUUACUCUCAUGCUGCCCUUGCGAAGGACGGAUUUCAGGAAUAGUUGAUUCCCCCAAUGCUGUUGCCACACUAGCAAUUCCCACUGCCAUUUUUGACCAGGACAUUCGUCCAAAAAACAACAAAGUUCCUGUAGGACCCCGGCUAUUGAGGAAUCCAGGACUGCCACAGUGUACUUAUGAUGGAGACUUGCCAAUUACUAAAAAUCCAUGUGCUUCAACAUAAUUACACUAUUCAAAAGCAACUGGAAAGUAGCAGGGCAUUAUAUACUAAAUGAAACAUGUAGAAAUAAAUUUGACAGUGUAAGUUGAAAGCAACACUCCCUUGGAUGCAUUUAGCUAUAAACAUUCCAGACAUCCAACUCCAUGAUCUUUGUCAUGCUGUCCGCAAAUUCUAUAAGUGAUCAUUUAUUUCCUAAGCACUUUGACAA